AAAUCAUGAGCAGAGACAGAGCUCCUAGAGUGUUCCUAGGACGAUUACCUAGAGAUGCAAGAGAAAGAGACGUUGAGAAGUUUUUUCGUGGUUUUGGGCGUAUUAGGGAGAUAAAUUUAAAGAACGGAUUCGGUUUUGUGGUAAGUACUGAAUUCGAAAGCGUGCUAAAAAGCUUAAAUUGCACAUUAAUUUGAAAUGGAAAUCUGUUGUAAAAGGGUACCUUUGGAAGCAUACUGUUUUUCUUCGCCUGUCUGUUGGCUAAAAAGGUAACAAAUGAAUUUUGUGUCUUACUUCAGACACUUUCGUAGAGAAUUAAUCGAACGCACGUUUAAUUCCUCCAUCUGAAAAAGCAAGCUGUACUCUUACGGUUUACAUUGAAGUUGCCCAAAUUCGCCUGUCUCGAAACAAUUUUCACACUUUUCCCCAAUAUGUCUAUGCAGUGACUGCCCUCCAGCUUUUACUCCUUAAUUUUUUAAAAGCAUGAAAUUAACUUCUUCCUUUUUACUGCCCACUUGGUUCCUAAAUUUUUGAAAAUUGUGGCUAGUUUGAAAAAAAAUGUGUCAUCAGGCUGCAGUUGUUCAAAAUGGUGGAUAGGGCAGCACUCUCCAGAGGGUAAUGGAAUGAUAGCCUGGUUUUCCACUUAUCCUUUGGUAACUGGUGGACAGUUUGAAGCUCUGGAAAAGCUAGGCAGGUCAAGCUGGCUUUUUUUACUCAACUGUACCUUCAAUAUUACCCUAUAUCUUUGUUUUCUUUGUUUUUGUACAGGCCACGGGCAUUGCAGCACUUACACGCACGUAAAUUGCGUGCAAUAUGGCGGAUUUCCACGAAAAAUUGACGCAAAAAACUCGCGUGUAAAUUUUUACACGAGCUUUUACACACAGACUUUUUACACGCAAAUUUGAGUGUACUCUUAUGGUGACUGAUUUUGCUUACAAAAAUACAUGCAAGUUGCAUGUAUUUCUUUACAGCAAAAUGUGGCUGAUGUAAAAUUAGAAACUGACAUUGUGGAAAAACGUCUUUUUGCAGUUAAAGAGAAAACAACUUGCUAUACACCUUCUCUUACUACGAUCAUGCUACUAUUGCGAACGUCAUUUUUUGUAAUCAACAAUUUCCUUGGUUGUUGGCUAAAGCGCUAUUUUACCUGUAAACUUGGAUGCAUGUUACUUGCCACCACUUUUGUUUUGAAAUAAGUGCAAUGUUUUAGUUUGCGUAGCAGGCACUCAGACUUGAGAGAAAUUGACUUGACUUGAGUUAGCCUGCGUGGCCGGCGUUGUGAUGUUCGAGUUAGUGAGGGUUCGAAGAAUCGGGAUGAUUAGUGGGUUUGAUUUCACACAAUCGGCACUAAAUUUUACGGACCACACAAGGUUUCUCUUUUACAUACACUUUAUGCCUUUUUCUAACAUUGAAUUAGCGUCGAGCUUUACGAUAUGUCCUUACUUUUUGCUUAAAAAUUUCAAUGCGUUACUAAACUUGGAUACAAUUUCACUCCGAAUUUGCACAUUAUUUGUGAUGCGCCAUCUGUUAAAAAUAGACAACAUUUAAAGUAAUUCAAUCCCAUGCAUUUUGUUGAAUUAGAAGCUUGUGUAAACUAUGAAAAUGCAGCGUGUUAUUUUGUUUGCCCUUGACAAGGAUUAAACACUCUUUGCUGAAAACAUAAACCUUAAAAGAAAACCUUUCCUCGGCAGGUAAAACUAAAACCCGGGAACUAAAAUUAGUUCUUGCAGUAGCGCCGGAAUGUUUGCUUAAACGUAGACAGACGACGCAACUGAGUGACGCUGGUGUUACGAGCUAAAAGAAACUUUAAAAAUUCUUGCCAAAAUAACAAGUCUUUCUUAUCUCGGACCUACAUUGCACGAAGGACAGAGGAGAAAGGAGAUUGCUGCCCGAGAAAAUAACUCAAAGCAGCGAGCUUAAUAAGAGUAGGAGAUGAAAUGCUGUAAACAAAAUACAUGUAGAAGCGACCCUUCACCAAAACAGAGUAGUUGGUCCAUCAAAAUAGUCGCAAAUUGAUGACUGAAACUGGUUUAAGUUGAAAGCUUUUUAUAACCUCUGUGAAGUCUACAAAUAAAGAUUCAAGCGAAGAACAUGUAAGUAUUUAAAAACAAUGUUCAUUCAACCCUCAAAGUUAAAAUUUUUGUUCAGUGGCCAUUUGGCGAUCAGCUCUUUGGGUUUAGUCGCCAGGGGAAAUUUUUAGGCGCCAAAUUAUAUUAAUAAAUAAAUAUAUCAAAAUUGUCCUUAACAAAAGCAGUUAGUAAGUUUAACUUAAAAUGCAGCACUGUCUAUAAUAAACUCGUUUAUUGUGCAAGGCAUUAGUUACUGAUAGUCUGAGAAUAAGGUUUGCAGAUUCAUCUCCUUGAAUCAAUACUGAAACGGAAUUGUAAAGACAAUUACCAUUUCCAGUUGUCUUUAGGGCCUUCAAUCCUUCUGUAUAAUCCCCAGUUGGUAUAUGAGAGCAGAACUUAACUCAUCCUCUGUUAAUGUGUUCAGAAUUUCCCAGUUGCAACUUGAUAGGCGACUUUUUUUUUUUUUUGAUAUUUGCUUCGCAUAUCUUUUGCGACUUUUGUUGAUGAUGAACUUGUUACCCCAACUAACAAAUAUUUUUGGAGAUUUAAAAGGGCGUUUUUAAUAUCGCUAGACAUUGCGAAAGCCUGACAAAGGCAGGAGAGUAUAGGAAGAUCGACAAGUUUUCUAAAUCAAAUCAUUGCUUUAUAGAGAUAACGUCGCGCACGUGAAAAUAUUUCGCAACGAGUUGUACUGGGAAAAAAUGAUUUUCCCAAUCAAUUGAAAGGAACCCAAACAAAAAUGCCGCUUACAAAAUAAUAAAUUUUCUUUUUCCUUUAUCAUCGCUACAGGUGUUUAAAAAAAAAACAUUUUUUGCAACAACCAUAAGUUGUCAGUUUUGCCAUGUUUAGUUUUGCUUACAAUUAUCGCUUUUGUUUACAAAACCGCGAUUCAACUCGCACCACGGCUCACAUGUUACGGUUAUCACAUAAUGUUCUGUGUUGAAUUUGCACCAAUUUAGCUCUCCCUCUUCAUGUUAUUAGAUUGUUUCAGUAUUGAUUCAAAAAUAUUUAUAAUAUGUAGUCCAGUUAAAAAACCACCGAGCUUGGCUAGACUAGCAUUCCUAAGAUAUCGAAGAAAUCGUCACUGUUGACAAGCAAGGCGCUUCGAUUGCCUGCCAUUUGUCACGUGUCAAAAGUUAAAAUGUCACGUGCAAGGCAACAGACUGAAGGCGAUUAGGCGAACGAAUGCAAGUCAAGUUUCAUUGAUGUUCCUUUUCAAAACGCUUAGCUCUGGGACUUUUUUAAGUUUUUAGUUUAUUAUAUAGAAUGUUUUUCAACGGAAAAGUAAAAAAGUAAUGUAAUUCAAAUCAGCUAGAAUAAAUGUUCUUCAUAUUUCAGUAGAAGUGAUUACCAUUUCUGUUUCUAUACGCCACAACACGAACCUAUUCUUCACGGUCGCCAGCUUGGCAACUAUUCUCCAAAUCAAGUUGCCAGUUCCAAAAUUUUAGGCGCCAUGGCGACUAAAAUGGUCGCAACUUGGAGGGUUGUCAUUUGGUUAAAAAACUUGGAUCACUUUAAGCCCAGAUAACAUUAAAUACCAACAUUUGAUUGUGCCUUGAAAGUUUGAUUUAUGCUAACAAAUUAAAGCCACUGCACAAGUACAACUGCACUUGCUCAGCCAGCGAUGUAAGAACUCAAGUAAACCCAAUACACGCAAAUUAUAAUAACCUGUGUGUAAAGUCUUACACGCAAAUUUUCCUAAUUUGCAUGCAUUUUCUCGUGUAUUUUUAAGUGUAUUUUUUUACAAGUGUGUUUUUCUCUUGGAAUUUGUGUGUAAUAUGGUGGAUUUCCACGCAUGAAACACGUGUGUAAUGCUGCAAUGCCCGUGGCCUGUACUGUAAGCUCUUUUUCACCUGGUGAGAUUAGCAAGCAGCCAGCUCAUCCCUCUAUCAAACCUUUUAGGCCAUCCUCCUUUUUUUCUCUGUUGAGCAUUGCAGACCAACCCAAAUUUCGGCAUUUUCAAAAAGAAAAGUAAUGACGCAGUUAAACCGUUUUUCACUUUUCCUUUUUUUCUCGGGAAAGUUAUGUUAUAAAAGCAAUAGAAAACGUUUUUCCUGUGUUUGCAUAUCCUGAUAUAAACACUUGAGGGGUUGGGAGAAUUCUCGACAGUUACGCAAACCCUUGACUUUGUCUCCAGUAUGCAUAACUGUCUUGCAUUCUCCCAACCCCUCUUGUGUUUAUAUCAGGUAAUGCAAGCACAGAAAGCGUUUUCUAUUGCUUAAAAACUACCCUUUCCAAAUAAAAUAUUUGUGACCGGGCACAGGAUUUUGUACACUAACGCUUUACCGCCUAAUGGAAAAAUUUGUUAACUGUCCAUUUACCAUCCGUUUAAAACAGAUCAUGAAAGCUUCUAAAAGCUUUGCUCAUUUGCUUACUAGAAGCCUGAAUCCGUUUGAUGCUUUAGACAAACUGUUAAAAAAAAUUUGCAUCUGUUUAAUGUUUUGGAGAAAAUGUUUAAACACUUAGCUUAUCUGUUUCUGCAUGACGUGCUUGACUACACUCUGCAGUACUUAUCACCAUCGUCCCAUCAUACAGAGCAACAUGGUUUAAAGUUUCCCAUUCUUCAAGAAGUAUUCAAUGGCAAAACAUUUUGCUACUGGUUUGUUUAUUGUUUACUGUUCCUGUGUCCAACGCUGGGUUGGAGAGGUUCUUCAGCAAUUUGGCCUAUGUAAAGAGUGUGAAAAGAGCUUUGCUCUCCCCAGCAAACUCUUGAAGAUAUCCUGAGGAUCUAGGAUCACCAAUGCUAUGACUGAUGACCCUACCAGUGCUAUCAAGGAGUGGGAAAGGGCAAAAAGAGGACGGCCAAAUCAGAAAAGAAGGAAAUACCACAAACAAACGGUCACAUAAAAAAGCCAUCACUCUUAAAUAGACUCUCAUGAGGAACUUUCAGCAGAAGAAUCUCAUCAGGAGAAUGUCUGACUGUUCUCUGUUAAAGCAGUGAAAUUAAAAAGGUUGUUUUGUGAAUUUUUCUUUUGUUUUUGUCCGACCAGGCUGCCUCCUUGUCAGGUUAGGUGUGGUCUCUCUUAUUUUAAAAAUCAUUUUUACACUUCAGAUCUAUCUCAGUUAAAGAAAAUUGCUUCUUUCAACACUUGGUGAACUUUAUCAUCAUCUCAGUUUUCUAGUCCCCCUGUCAUGAUUGACAUCCAAAAAAUGACAGGCCUUGCAAAUGAAAGUACUUAGUUUUCCUGACCUCUAUGUGUUCAUUACUAAUCUGUGUCAUGUUGGGAACCUCAUGCACUUUGAUCUUAAUCCCAUUCCCCCCUGCAUAGGAAAAACUUGAAAUUUGUCAAUGCCCCUUAACUUGCCAUCCUUUGCUUACUGUCCGAAAGUGUAAUUUCAAUCCAGUCCCUCCUUUCCCUUUUCAAACCCACCAUUUGAACAGCUCCAAUAGUAAUAAAGGAUUUAUAGCAUCCUGUAAUGCAACCCUUAUGUGCAUAUAUCUCUAUGCAGUCUUAUAAAAUAUAUGCAAUCUAGACAAUAAAUAUUAUUAUUAUUAUUAAUAUACCAGACUUACAUGUAAAGGUGGUUGUUAAGCAUUGGGCACACUAGCUAAUUCUUACAUGCAAGUUUCUUGAAACGUACUUCUUUCCUUGCCAGGAAUUUGAUGACUACAAGGAUGCUGAUGAUGCUGUUUAUGAACUGAAUCACAAAGAGUUUCUGGGAGAAAGGUACACAAUACGUAACUAGACACAUGAGUGUAUGUGAAGUUGGCCUGUGGUCUUGGCCCUAUGUUGCAAUAUAAAGUUACCUUUCAAGUGUAGCAGGCAUCUGAUACAAUUAAGGUGCAAAUAAGAAUGGUGACACUGACCAGGACAACCCUCCAAGUUGCUAACAUUUUGCUCGCCAUUGUGCCCAAGAUUUUGGAGCUGGUGGCUUGAUUUGUGAAAACUCUCCUUAAACCAAAAGAGUUGGAUGCCAAAUGGCAACUGAGCAAAAACUCUAACUUGGAGGGUUGCAGGAUGGUGAAGGAUACGUGUGGGGGGAGAGGAUGCACCUAUCCAAGAAACCUUAAAAAAUCAUUUAUAACCCCUCUACCAUACUGUUACCAGUCAACAAUUGUUAUUAUGUGAGAUAAAACACACCUUGUGUUUGAAAAUUUCAUAUUUUUUUCAAAACACAGCAGACAAUUUGUUAGCCGGGUAAACAGGCUACAUGCUGUGGUUCUUUGAGCUACAUGUAUGUGACAGUUAAACUUACAACUCCUAAGUAAAGGUUUAUGUAUGCAAGUUAAUUAAAUACUGAAUGGGUCAAGUAUUAGUUACAUGUACUGUAUCUGCUGCUUGUACAUUGUAUAAUAGUUAUACAAUUAUUAUUAUUAUAAUAAAGAAACCUCAUUUUUUAAUGCUUCACUACAUGCCAUCCACAUUUGGCUGGGCUUUACAGGAGUAAGCCUUCUGUCUGUUUCAAAUGUAAACAGAAUAAUUAUUUCAUUCACACAGUUGCAAAUUUAGGAAAGUACAUUGUAUUAACAUUCAAUCGUAAUGACCAACAAUAAGCUAUUUACCAAGAGCCUCAUUUUAGUUAUCUGUUAAAGAAAAAAGAAAAAAAAGACAAAAGGUUUCAAAUGUUUUUACAUCUGUAGAUCAUAGGACCUGUUUCUCUGGUUGCCAUACAAAUGCAUUACCUUUUCUCUUUUGGGAUGUUGUUGGCUAACAGAAAUUCUCUGCUCACUCAGAAAGUAGAACAGUCUAUUUUUGUAUAAUUUAUGCCUUUUGGGCAGGUGUUACCCUCUCCUUUUUGUGUCCUUCUCAUGUAACAUCACUUACCUUGCACCCAUUACUUAUUUUGCUUGUGACCCUUAUUUCCUUUUUGCCCACACAAAAGUUAUUUACCUUGCUUAUUUACCUUGUUUUGGCAUUUAGUUCAUUCUCUCUUUUUGGAUUUCCACCUGACUUGUUAAAGUCAUCUGUCUAAGUUCACUGCCUUUUGCCCCUUAGGAUAACAGUGGAACAUGCUCGUCCAACAUCAAGAAGUGGAAGUAGUGGUGGGGGUGGAGGAGGGGGAGGAGGAAGUGGAAUGAGAAGAGGUGGUGGAUUUAGAUUUCGAGACAGGUUUGUAGGAUAGGAAGCAUCUCGUAUAAUCUCCUUUCCUGUACAGCAGUGGGAUUCAGUUUACAUGUACAUCCAGUCCUGGAAGAAAGAAGAGUGCAGUGUUGCAUUAUAGUACACAGUAUAUCUGUACAGCUAGUAUUGUUGCAUUGUUCAUUUACAACAUGAGUACAUUUCCAGGGUAAGAAUGGGCAAAAACAAAUUUGAUGGCUGCAAGCAACUUUUGAAGGAAAAUACCAGAGUGCAGAAAUUACAGAUUUCUUGCCAUAAAACAUUGUGGCAGUGCUCCAAGCUGCAACCAACUUAGCUGCUACAGAGAGUAGAUAGAAACUGUGGCAAUUAAAAUUGGUGAGGUGUUUAAAGCGGUCAUGUUCCAAGCUAUACUCAUUGUCAUUAACAUUGUGUUACCAUACACAAAAACAAAGAAAAGUAAUAAACCACAACAUAUUAACCCUUUUUGAAUGGUCAUUUAGUGUCAUGGAAAACUAUUGCCUAUCCAUCAUAGUCUUAAAUCAAUUCUCUGUGAUGCAAUUUUACAUUGUGUAUAUUUUCUUUAACACUUCUCAAAAACUUUCCUAGAUUGUACAUGUAGCUUUUAUGGGAUUUUUUUGUAUAGCACUGUAGACUUCUGUGGUGGUUUUUGUCAUUCAUGCUUUUUUGAUCACUUGCUUUGGUCUUGUAAUAUGUGGUUGUUGUGUUCACUUGUGCAUGCUUGGUAGAUAUGGUGCACCAUACAACACAGAGUGGAAGGUAACUGUGGAUAAUCUAUCAUCCCGUGCAAGUUGGCAGGUGAGAAUUCCAAACAAUCUGAUAAAUGUACAGUACGCUGUGACUGUUUUGUUGUUAGGCUAUAAUAUGCAGUACAGUAAUAAUAGUAUUUACCUUUUCACUUGCAUGUAGUGUUUUUUAUUCUAGCAAAGUUGUAGCUUCUUCAAGUGUGUUUGCUAAUACUUGCACUUGCAGUGUAACAUUAUUGUUAAUUGGUUUGAUCAGAAAGCUAGAAAGCUGUUUAGUUCUACUGUAGUCUGUUUGUCCUUCAUUACUUUUCCUCUCUGUUAUGUGCUAAUAAACUUCUUGUUAUGACCAAAAUAUUUAUAUGCAUUGAUUGGGAAAAGUAAAUAGCAGUGCUACAGCAGCCUUGCCUGCUCCUUUUGUGGUGCACCAAAAUAAAAUGUUUGGGGAAAAUGAAAGUCAAGUCAGUGGAUUUUUUAAGAGGAAACAUGUGUGUAAUCAUUUAAUUUACUAGACGUACAUGUAUGUUAACAAAAUUUCAAAACCCCACCAUUACUUCAUAAAUAACGUUCAGGGUACGAAAAGAACAGUUGUCCAGUUGCCCCAGACAACUAUGAGCCUGUGUUGCUGUGCUAUGUAUGUAAACGUAUAUAUACAUUAUAGCCUGUUGAUUCUUUGUGCAGUUGUAAAAUACAAAAUGUACGAGCCUCCUUCACUACUUCAAUUUGGAAUACAUAGCUACAGCACAGUAGGGGUGCAAGAAUUUGAAAGCUUGGGAAAAGUGUUCAUUAUCAGACAUUUUAAGAGUCAGGGAGGACUACGUAGUAAGGGGCGCAAGGAAAAACAGGGUGCUCAAGAGAGUUCUUUUUGCAUACACUGUAUUCUUCCAAGCAAGGACUAUGCUGUCGUGGCUGUAAUUUGUUGCAAAAGAAAACAGUUUGUUUUGUAGUUAUCACAGACGGUUUUCGAAAGAUAAAUCCCCAUUUGGAAGCCAAAAAGGCAGCAACUGUUUUCGCCUUGAGGGAUAAAAGAAAAAACACAUGAAACAAGUGAGGCACAUCAAUUUUUUAUUGUGAAAAACAGUCACUAAUAAAACUCUUAAUAACUUGAGCUACCUCAAUGUUAUAUUUUCUUGGAUUGGGCUUGGCUAAGAGGUUGACUUGGAAAACCAAAAUAUUCCUUGGCCAACCAAACCAAGUCUUGUGGUUGCCUCAGGGGCAACUGGACAUAAAAGUAAAUUUCAAACCCUGUAUUUUGUCAGAAUGUGUCAUUUUUUAUAUUCACAAGUAAGCUACCUCUGAGAUAGGGUGUAAGUUAGACUGACAGAAUAUAUUUAAGAGAACAAGUGGUUGCAGUUUUUACUGGUAAUGUCUAAAGCACAUUGCAGGGCUAAGUUUUUGUUUUUUUAAUUGACAUUUGUGUCUAGGUUUUUUUUCGCUGUAUGCUCUUUGUAGAUUGCACAUGCACUGUGGAAAUUUGUUGAAAGUGCACAUUUUGUACAUCUUUUUGAGGCAGAAACCAACCAAUUCCCAUGCACAUGGCUAGAAAUUGAGCUGAAAAAAAAAUGAAGGCAUCUAUACUGUUGACUGUUUAUUUACUGAAACAAAAUGGCCCCUCGUUUGAAUAAACUACUCCUAACUGUAAGAUUUCACAGACUUGAUGUUGUUUCCAACUAAAAUACACAUAGCCCUUACCCAAAUAUUGUAUUUGACUUUCAAGUGAGACGCUUUAAAUAGGCUUGAUUUUAUUUUAAACCGUCAUCACUUCUAUUUCCAAUCAUGGGUUGAACAAUUCAUAAUUAUUUUUUGUUAUUCAAAGAUUUGCACAUAUCUCAAGUAAAAGCCAUCAUUGAGGUUUUGUGAGAGGUUCAUUGUUUACCUGAAUGUACACUAAAAACUUUUACAUUCCUUUGAUUAUGUCUAACCAAAAUGCAAUAUCAGUAAAUUAUCACCUUGAUCAUAACAAUGUUUUCCCAGUUGGAAGAUUUUAAUGCAGGGUAUUUACAUGUUUUUCCUGCUUCUUCAGUUUUGAAUUGUAGCUAUGAUUUUUACUGGCACCAAAUUGUACAGAAUAUUGUAAUUUUCCUUCUGACAUUUGUUAGCAUCAUCAUGUUGGUGUCAUGACAGUAAUAGUGGGAGGAUACAUUAAUAGAAUGAUAGUAGCCAUGUGGAGUUACAUACCAAGCCUAUGUUUAUUGUUUAGUCUUUGGAGCUUUGCUGAGGCUGUUACUGAAAACUUACAGAUCAUUAGACCAGUGGAUUUAUUUUAGUAACUUCUUCCUUGCAUUUCUCUCACCUUUAGCUACAGUAGUGGUAGAAUACUUUAUGGGAGAUGGUUUAGUGAGAUUUCAAUUCCUGGUCUGUAAUCUGGUCUGUACGUUAAAAGGGGGAAAUUAUUGGCUGUGGCAAAAAUUUGGCACUUGGCCUUCCGCCUUUAAGAUUGUGUUGAUCAUCAUUGAUCAUUCGAUUCCUGGUCUGGUAACUUGGUGAGUGGCCCUGUUUACCUUGGUGCUACUGGUGCUGUUUUGCAAGCUGAACUGAGAUUCUCAGCUGUCAUGGCAUGAACGCCUUGGUUAUCCACUGGGUAAAAAUCCCCAUGCAAUUUUCAUAAAGCAUCUUUGGUCUUGGUCUUAAUAGCUAGUUGUACAAAGGUAAGGUUUAUGUAACUUAAUACAGACUUCCUUCCGGUGUCUUAUAAUCAUGGUAUUUUCAGUAUGUACUGUACUUUCUUAUUAUUAGAACGUUGUUGUCAGAGAUACCGUUAUUUUGUAAGCCAGCAUAUGCUUUGAAACAUUUCAAUUUAGUUAUCUUCAAUUUAGUUUCAGUUUAUGUUAAAGGAGCUGUGUCACCAAAUUUGUCAAUUGAAAUUCAAACAGUAAGAACGACCAUCAAACUGGGUGAAAUAUAAAAAUACUUGCAGAAAACAUUCAAAGAAGGUCUAAAUAACAGCGAAUUCAAAAGGAGGCACAGAUGGACAAAAAGUUGAUGAAGAUUGAAAAGGAUUGCAGUUGUGGUUUUUGAAAAUUUGUCAGCCUAAGAGUUUUUCAAAGUUCAGUUUUGUUGUUUGUAACAUUUAAUAUAUUGCUUGGGAGACAUAUUUGUUUGAGGAGAAACAGUGAUUUUGUCAUUCACUGGUAAUUUCUCAAGUUCCUUUAAUACUACCGUUAUUAGCGAAUAAGGACAGGUAAUUGGUAUUGUGUACAAAAUGAACCAGACAGCCCGCUGCUGUCACACAGCCCCUUCAACAUACACAUUUGAAACUAUCCACUUACUACCAUUGUGUGGUAAGAUGGUUUGUGUUGUAAAGAUUAAUGAUUCAGGAGUUGUUCUUUUACAGGAUUUGAAAGAUUACAUGCGACAGGCAGGAGAAGUGACCUUUGUUCAGUGCCACAGAGAUAGAGUAGGAGAAGGGUAGGUUGGCUUUCAAGAUUCAGUCCAACUUGUGGUGUAAGAUAAUAACUAUUACUACACUGUGCAAAAGGCAAUCUUAAACCCUUUGAGUAAAUGAUCAUGGAGUCUUGCAAGGUGCCUUUAACUUCUGAGUGCACGGAUGAUUUGACAUUUCAAAUGAAACCCCUUUGCCAGUCCGUACUGUUUCAUGAUAAUUAAUGUUUUAAAAGAAAAAUGUUAAAAAUGUUGAAAAAAUUUUUAAAAAUGUUGAAAAUAAUAUUGGCCACUUUUGAAAGGAUUUCAGUAGUGUCUUGCUAAUGUAAUUAUGUCCUCAUCAGGGUUUAGAAUAACUUGUUCAACGAUUUUCCCAUUUCUGUAAACUUAAAACAAGUGUCAAUAUCGAAACAUGCAGGCACAAUUUGUCUUUGAAUUUACCACUAAAAGUUGUAUCACAACGUACAUAGAUAUAGAGGAUAGUAUAUGGCGGCAAGGAGAUAUGAAAUGUCUUUUCUCAUGUUAAAAAAUACUUUUCAACACUCAUAGAGAUAUUUUGUAUCCCCAAGCGACCAUGUAAUGUCCCUUUUUAUAUAACCACCAAUGAAAUAUCAAACCAUUUCACUUAAAUUUAUUUUGCACGUGUGAAGAUGACAUGUCCUUUUCACGAAAGAAUAUUAUUAAUUAUUAAGUUUUCUUGCAAAAGAUCACCUUCCUUUUCAUUGGUGUUUAUAUAUUUCAUACUUAUGUAAAAUGUAGUUUGGUUUAUUCCUUUUCUUUCUUUUUUUGUUCUUAGGGUUGUUGAGUUUGCAUCAAUGAAUGACAUGCAAAGAGCUAUUAAACGCUUGGAUGGCACAGAGUUAAUGGGAAAGCGUCUUCGGCUUACUGAGGUUUGUUGGCAGACUGAAGUGCAGGGUAGCUCAUUGCCUUGUCUGAGAUAUUUUAGUUGUUAAAUGUUUAAUAAAAGUUUCUUUGGUUUUCUCUUAUCUCCCUUCCUUGCUUCUGUUUGUGUGUGUUUGGUUUUUAGCAUAAACAGAACAUCAGCACAACCAAUCUUUCUUAUUUUUCUUUAUGUCUUACAGAGAGGUCGACCACGAAGAUCGUCUCGCUCAUUAUCACCACGCCGCCGUGCAAGGUAAACAUUCAUUGACUCGGUACUGUAGAGCUGUACAGUCACUUGAUUCCGAGUCAAAUUGUUCCAUGCUAGCGAAUAUAAAGAGCGAGAAAUACUUAGGCACCAACGCAAGUAGGGUUCAUUAACAGAUGUGGCAGUUAAUUUAACCGACAUACUUGGUUUCUCUGGUACAUACUUACUUGCCAUGAACUGAGUGAUUCUUAUAGACCGUUUUCACAUGACGGCCAUAUUGGUGUACAAACCAAUGGAACAGCGGCCAUGUUGGUGUACAGAAAAAAUCCUGAGGGUAUUAAAACUUUCUUGGUCCAACUAAUUUGCAUAGUUGAUGACCACGUGAGUGAAAACGAUCUAUACUUGGUUUUUCUGACACUCGUCCACAUCUCAAGAACUGGUUGUUACAUUCGUUUUUCUGACCCUCGCUUCUGAUUUUUAUGGGGAACAAGCAGGCUCUCGCAUACAACAAUGCGACGAUAAUAUGGAACGAAAUGACCAUGGAACAAAGUGUCCGGAUGGCAUUGUAAAGUGAUUUAUGCACUGAAGAGAAGUCUAACUGUAAACUCUGUGUUUCUAAAGCAGGUCCAGAUCUCGCUCACCUAGAAGGUCCCGCUCACCUGUUAGACGUCACUCACGCUCUCCUUUGGCAGGACGUGGACGCUCUCUGUCACCACGCCCAGGGGACAGUCCAGGAAGACGGCCAUACUCCAACUAAACUCCCCAAUCAAUAUUAACAAUCUUAAUACAAAUGUUUUGUUCAGGAAGUUUAGCUUUCCAUAUCCUAUGACCUAAAUUUUCCCAAAUAGUAUGUACUUUUAGAAAAUUAGCAAUUUGAGUGAAACGUGUAACCACCUGUUUAGCGUCCCGUCAGAUCAGAAAAGGCUCGAACUGUAUCAGCCAUCUAUCCUUUAGUUUUCCACUAUAUGAAAAGCUUGUUAGGGUAACCGAAGCUUGUUUAGCUAUCCAGGACCGUUUUGUGUAAAUUGGCCUUUAUUCAAGCUCGGCAACAACACUUUUAAAUAAAGGCCAACGGCGUUGCAUUUCUCACAACAUAAGUGCAUUCCUGUGCGCACUAAUCUGAAAAUAUACUGGGCUUGCUUACCAAAUCCAUUUGUGUGACUUUUCCUUUUUUUGUUUUAGAACAUGAGGGGCCUAUUUUGAUCAGGUCAUUUUAGCAUUUUAGGAACUGUACUUGUUUCAAAGCCUGUACUCUCUUUGCAAAAAAUACAGUACGUUCAUAGAAGAAAAACAAAACUGUAACUCGUUUACUUGUUUUAAUAAACUGGAGUCGUCUAGUUG